GCGGCGGCGGCGAUCUGCUUACGCGAGGGCGAAUCUGUCGCUCAGUGUUCAGCUCACCGAUAGCGCUCAACUAUGUUAGGUCGGCAUUCGUAAGUUCAGCGCAGCGAUUCACUGUGUGACUGACGGAGGGUCGAUUGCCACAGUGCAGUGGGCGCGAAAAGGCAGCGAUAAAGCUCGGUGGCUGUCACUGCCAGUUCGACCAGCAUCGGAUGUCGGUGUAACCGAAUAUUCAUAGGAGGAAGGUUCCAAAAUCCGGACUGUAUUUGGAGGAUGUGUGUCCUCCGUCAUCUUGUCCUGAUGUUAUCUGUCUCCCGGACAUCAGCACAAAAAGAUUUGGGAAUUUUCUUCGUGGAAGAGCCUCAGUCCGCGCUGGUAUCGCCCGGUGAAGAGGUGGUACUCAGCUGCGCGAUAAAUCUGCCUGUCGACCAGCUAAGAUGGCUGCACAACUGGCGACCUCUACCCGCUGGUGACGGCGGCGCGGUGAAGGUCCAGCCCGGCCGGCUCCGGCUCCAGACCAAAGGGGAGCUGGGAGAGCACGGCCAACUCGACGGCGAGUACCGGUGUAUGGCGUGGAUGGCCCCGAUCGGGCUGGCCUCUCUGCCGGCGGUGGUCACUGUGGCGCACCUGGGACAGUUCGUGGCGCGGCCAAACGCCACGGUCACAGCGCCGACCGGCGGCACUGUCCUCCUGAGGUGUCCGCCGCCAGAGAGCGCUCCGCCCGCAGAGAUUCGGUUCUACAGGGACGGAGAGGCGCUCAUCAGCGAUGGAGACAGUCACCAGUUGCUCUCUGGAGGUCGCCUGUUCAUCUCAAACGUGAGCAGUUCGCAGGCAGGGACGCUGGAGUGCGCAGCGGACGGGUGGCCGGUCCCGACGGUCGCCUGGCACCGGUCCACGCUCGGCGCUCGGUGGUCCGAACGCUUCUCCCAGGGCGCGGCCGCUCUGACGAUACGACAGCUGAAGGUAGAGGACGAGGGCACCUUCAUUUGCGAGGUGGUCAGCGAGGCAGGUGUCGUCACCCGCCGCCACAGAGCACCUGUGUCUGUGUGGACGUCUCCCACGGACCUGUCGGUGCCCGAGGGCGCCGCAGUCGAGCUGCUCUGCUCCGGUCGCGGCUGGCCGCCCCCAGAGCUGACCUGGGUCUUCAACGGCAGACCCGUGCCUUCUACCGAGCCAGACCCAGAGACGGAUACCGCUCGGGAGCCGGAGUCAGCACAACAGCGGGAAACUGGGGCAGUGUCGGGGCGGAAACUGGAGACUGGUGCAGACGUUGUGCCUGAGGACGGGCAGGGAGCGCUGGCGGUGGCAGAGGGACAGGCCGCCGGCGCCGGGAGCGGGCGGAAUCACGUGCGGAGACGUGCUCUGAAGUUCCGCGCGGUCCGCCGGCAGGACGCCGGCCUGUAUCAGUGUUUCGGACACGGCGCCAAUGGUGACGACAAGGCAGCAGUGCUGCUCAAGUCCUGA